GCCGCCCAAUAGGCGGUGGCAGAGGGAGCGCGAGAAGGACGGGCUUCCGGUGUGAGGGGGAGGCCCUCAGGGAGCCGGAAGGAGGCUCUCUUGUAUCGGAGGGGCAGUGACGGGGCGGAAAGUGGGUGCUGUUGAGGGAAACUGAGGCGGCAGAAUCUCUUUGGCUACUAUUCCAUUUUCUCUUGGACCUAAGUACCUAGAAGUUCUGUUUAAGAGUAAUCGAGAAUCAGACUUGGAGUGGGGCCAUGAACCAGGGCACUGAUACUUCUGCUUUGGAGUGGAGGAUGGUGCUGCAAGACUCCAGGAUCUCUUGGUGUUGCUGCAUUGAUGACUCUGCAUAAAUACCACUUGAGUACCAUCCUGACCCUGGAGGAUCCCUUCAACCACAUCACCAGAGGGCUUUGAUGCCAGAUGCAAUCCUGACUGCUCUACUUAAAUCCUGUGAAGAGCAUACCAAGACCAGGGGGAGGUUGGAGGCUAGCGAUCUGAGAUGUCUUCUGGUGCUUUAUUUCCAAGCCUGGUGCCAGGCUCCCGGGGCUCGUCUAGCAAAUACUUGGUAGAAUUCCGUGCAGGAAAGAUGUCUUUGAAAGGCAGCACUGUCACCCCGGACAAGAGGAAAGGACUUGUGUACAUCCAGCAAACAGACGACUCCCUCAUUCACCUCUGUUGGAAAGACAGGACUUCUGGAAAUGUGGAGGAUGACUUGAUUAUUUUUCCUGACGACUGUGAAUUUAAGAGGGUGCCUCAGUGUACUACAGGCCGUGUGUAUGUGUUGAAAUUCAAGGCUGGAUCCAAACGACUUUUCUUCUGGAUGCAGGAGCCCAAGACAGAGAAAGAUGAGGAGCACUGCCGUAAAGUGAAUGAGUAUCUCAACAACCCACCGAUGCCUGGAGCUCUAGGUGGAAGUGGAAGUGGAGGCCAUGAGCUUUCAGCCCUUGGAGGUGAGGGUGGUUUGCAGAGCCUUCUGGGAAAUAUGAGCCAUAACCAGCUCAUGCAGCUGAUUGGACCAACAGGCUUAGGAGGACUUGGUGGGCUUGGAGCUCUGACAGGCCCUGGUCUGGCUAGUCUGCUAGGAAGCGGGGGCCCCCCAACAAGCAGCUCUUCGUCAAGCUCCCGCAGCCAGUCAGCCGCUGUGACCCCGUCUUCCAGUACUUCCUCCACGCGGGUAACACCUGCUCCUACUGCUCCUGCGGCUGCCUCUACGACCAGUCCUAGCCCCGCCCCGAGCUCAGGAAAUGGGACAAGCACAGCAACAAGCCCUACCCAGCCCAUCCAACUGAGUGACCUCCAGAACAUCUUAGCAACUAUGAAUGUGCCAGCUGGGGCAGGAGGACAGCAAGUUGACCUGUCCAGUGUGCUGACCCCUGAGAUAAUGGCACCCAUUCUGGCAAAUACAGAGGUUCAAGAGCGUUUGCUGCCUUACCUUCCCUCUGGAGAAUCUUUGCCUCAGACAGCAGAGGAGAUCCAGAACACACUGACCUCGCCACAGUUUCAGCAGGCCCUGAGCAUGUUCAGUGCUGCCUUGGCUUCUGGGCAGCUGGGUCCUCUAAUGAGUCAGUUUGGUUUACCAGCUGAGGCAGUAGAAGCAGCAAACAAAGGUGACGUAGAGGCCUUUGCAAAAGCAAUGCAGAACAAUGUCAAAUCUGAACAAAAGGAAGGAGACUCGAAGGAUAAGAAGGAUGAAGAAGAAGACAUGAGUUUAGAUUAGGCUCCUUAACUGUCUCAGGGGUACUGCUAGAGCUUAAGUUUAUGAUAAGUAGGAUCACUAGCUAACGUCACAUAUUGAAUCUACAAAGUAAAGGGUCUCUGCCAAACUACUUCUGGGUUUUCUGGGUCUUUUCCCCACUUGCUACAGUCUCAAACAGAUGUUUGUCUUUGUGGCCUUAAAUACGCUCUGGAAGUUUUAUUGUUACCCUUUGGAUAUAUUUGGUUUACCUAAUUAAAUGAAACGUCUUGCAUCUAACUUCA